AUGUCCACGACUCAUCCCCGCGUCGGCGUCGCCGUGUUCAUCCUCCAUCCCGUGAACGUGGACACUGAUAGCAAGCACAUCACCAACCAGAAACAGACCCAGACCCAGACCCAGACAAAGUCCCCAUCUCCAGUCUCAUCAUCAUCUCCCCACGAAACGUACAAGUUCAUCCUCGGCAAACGUCUCGGCUCCCACGGCGCCGGCACAUUGGGCCUCCCCGGCGGACACCUCGAAUUCGGCGAGUCCUUUGAGGACUGUGCCGCGCGGGAAGUCAUGGAAGAGACAGGCCUCGAGAUCGAGGACGUGAAGUUCUUGACCGCGACGAAUGAUGUCAUGCUCUCGGAGGGGGGGGGAGCAGCAGCAGCAGCAGCAGGCGCGACGAGUGACCUGGACGGCCAAAAUCAAGGCAAGCAUUAUGUCACGAUCUUUAUGACUGCUCGUGUGAGGGGCGGGUGGCACGCACAAGGACAAGGACAAGGACAAGGGCAGAGUAUGAGUCUCGGCACAAACACCGAUACCAACACCGGCACCAACGCUGGUACUCGUACGAGCACGGGACAAAGCACAGGGACAGGCCAGCAGUUCCCCGAGGCGAAGCUGCUCGAGCCGAAUAAAUGCGCGGGAUGGGAGUGGGUUUCAUGGCACGAACUGCUGACGUGGGCGGCUCCUCAGCUGGGAUGUCUUCGGGGAGAGGAGAGGAAGAAGAAGAAGAAGAAGAGGGCGGCGCCACGAGAUGCAGGCACGGAGGCAUCAGCAGAAGCAGGAGCAGACCUUGGAGCCCCCCAAAAUGAUUCAAGGAUGUUGUUCUCACCGAUAAUCGCACUUCUGGUCCAGCGUCCCGAUGCUGUACCGUCUCUGGGGUAA